AUAAUCUUUCUACUUUUAGUAUCUUGAUCGUUCACUAUACCGCGACGAGUAAGUUUUACGUCUUUGCGCAUUUUCCUUAGGCGCUUAGAAUAAAGGAACGAACGUGAUCUAUCGAUACUGUCGAUCAGUUCGAGUUACGAUGUCAUAGCGUGCAGAUGCCCCGAUAACGUACUUUUUAAAAGCGAACUUUAUUUUAUAAAAAGAACGUCACUGUCAUCGUUUAACUUUACAUUUCUCCUUGACAAUUUAUUUUAUAUUAUCAAAAUUACAAAUAUGCUGAAAACAUCCACGGAGGAGAGUCUGCAAUUCAUCCGACAAUCUUUAAAGUCGGAUGAAAUGGAUCACCUCGAAGGUACCCAUUUUGACAGACUUUUGCCACACGUGUUUGUAACACUCGGAGCUUCUGGUGAUUUAGCGAAGAAGAAGAUCUAUCCGACACUCUGGUGGCUAUUCCGAGACAAUCUUUUACCAAAAACAACAACAUUUUUCGGUUAUGCUAGAAGCAACAUGACUGUUAAACAAUUGCGAGAAAAGUGUCAUCCUUAUAUGAAAGUUAAACCGGAUGAGGAAUAUAAAUACGAGGAAUUUUGGAAAUUGAAUCAUUACGUUAGCGGUACCUACGACUCAGAGGAACAUUUUAGAUCGUUGAACAAGGAAUUACAAAAACAAGAACAGGUCUCGAUGGCUAAUAGACUUUUUUAUUUGGCUUUACCACCCUCCGUUUUUGGAACGGUUACUGUGCACAUUAGAAAUGUCUGUAUGGGUCAAAAAGGUUGGACAAGAAUUAUCAUAGAAAAACCAUUCGGCCGAGACGCAGUUUCGUCUCAACGUCUUUCCGAUCAUCUUGCAUCACUUUUCGACGAAGAACAGAUCUAUCGGAUAGAUCAUUAUCUUGGAAAAGAGAUGGUUCAAAAUCUAAUGACUUUGAGAUUUGGAAAUAGGAUAUUCAAUCCAAGUUGGAACAGAGAUAACAUAGCUUCCGUACAGAUAUCAUUUAAGGAACCGUUUGGUACUCAAGGAAGAGGUGGAUACUUCGAUGAGUUUGGUAUAAUUAGAGACGUGAUGCAAAAUCAUUUGCUGCAGAUACUCUCCCUCGUUGCGAUGGAGAAACCUGCCUCGUGUCAUCCAAAUGAUAUCAGAGAUGAAAAGGUUAAAGUUUUAAGAUGUAUAAAACAAUUGGAAUUGGACAACGUAGUUUUAGGACAAUAUGUAGGAAAUCCAGAGUCCAACAAUCCCGAGGCUCAUGCAGGAUAUUUAGAUGAUCCUACGGUACCUCCAGGUUCAAACACUCCAACUUAUGCACUAGCGGUACUGAAGAUUAAUAAUGAACGAUGGGAUGGCGUUCCCUUUAUUCUUCGAUGUGGGAAAGCUCUGAACGAGCGCAAGGCCGAAGUUAGAGUUCAAUAUCAAGAUGUACCCGGUGAUAUAUUCGAUGGUAAAACAAAAAGAAACGAAUUAGUUAUAAGAGUACAACCUGGCGAGGCAUUGUACGUAAAAAUGAUGACAAAAUCACCUGGUAUCACGUUUGAUAUGGAAGAAACGGAAUUAGAUCUCACGUAUGGUAAUAGAUACAAGGAUUUGAAAUUACCUGACGCUUAUGAAAGAUUGAUUUUGGACGUUUUUUGUGGAUCACAAAUGCAUUUUGUUCGUAGCGACGAACUUUACGAAGCGUGGAGAAUUUUUACACCUUUGUUACAUCAAAUUGAAAAUGAAAAAAUACAACCAAUUCCUUAUAAAUAUGGCUCUCGCGGACCAAAAGAAGCCGAUGACAAAGCAAAACAAAAUAAUUUUGCUUAUUACGGUUCCUACAAAUGGAUAUCUUCAUGAAGUAAUAUAGAACAUUAAGUUUAUAUCAUUGUGAAACUGAUAAGAAUAUAAAAACCAAUUUAUUAUUAUACAAUCUGUGAUUGUGAUCUAUCAAGAUUUUGUACAAUAAUUAAGAUGGCAUUUCUGUAAUUUUGUACACAGUAUUUAUGAAUCUUUCUACAUUGAUGACAUAUAUAUAUAUAUAUAUAUUUUGGUAUUACAGAGAGAUAUUUUCUUAUCUAUAUAUGUACGUGUACUCCUAUUUGUUAUAAAUGAAACUCCUUUCGCAAAAACGAGUUUAUUUAUUUCAGGGUGAAAGAUACAAAGCUAGUUUCUACUUAUGUCAUACUUUUAUUAAAUCUUGACAAUUUAAACAUUGUGCCAAUCACUUGAAAUAUAGAUAAUAUACAUGAGUUAAACAACAUAAAUGAGAGAGGGAGAGAGAUGUUAUCGGCUUGGCAUCAUUCGAUAGAGAAAGUUUACUCAUAUUUUUGUAUCUAAAAUUUUCCAAAUCUGUUAUUUUGAAUAUUAUGACAAGCCAAUUGUGAUGUGUAUAUAGUAUGAUACUAUACAUUUAAAUAUAGUGCUAUGUUAUUUC